AUGGAUCCCAGAUUCAGCGCCCAAGACAUUCUGCGCUGUAAACUGUGUGACACUCCUAUCCCGCUGAUGUACUGUGCCUUUUGUCAAGUCAAUCUAUGUAAACAAUGUGUUGGGGAGCAUCUUUCUGAUUUAUCCACAGAACAUAAAGUGGUGCCCUUUAAACAAAGAGGGUUUACUCCUACCUUGACGAAAUGCCUAGAUCAUAAAAUGAAACAUUGUGAACUUCAUUGUGAAAAUUGUGAUAUCCCUGUCUGUUUGCUUUGUGUCUCUUCCGACAAACAUCAAGGGCAUAGAAUAUCCAAUAUUUUGCAAAACUUUGAUUCUAAAAAAGAAAUAUUACAGAAAGAUUUAAGACUAUUGGAGGAAAUUAUUAACCCAAAGUAUGAACAAUUAGCGUCGGAUUUAGAGACACAGAAAAGGUUUGUUGAAGAAACAUACAAAGAUUUGACAUCAUCCGUAGCCAAACACGGGGAGGAUUGGCACAGGCAUGUUGAUAUUGCCGUCAACAAACGCAAAUCUGAAAUUGAAGAAAACAAAAAGAGACACUUGUCUGCCCUGAACAAACAUGAAGACGAAAUGAAUGAAAUGUGGUCAAACGUUAAAAAAAGCAUUGCUGAUAUAAAAACAAUACUUAAUUCUGGAAACAUGUCCCUUGUAUCUGAAUAUAAUGGGGGAACUGAGGAAUUGAAGAAAAUGCCUCCAAAUAUGAAAAUUACGGAACCACAAUUUACAGCUGGAGAAAUAGACGACGAAAAGCUUUUACAGUUAUUUGGAAACUUUUCCUCAAUAUUCAUAACCUUUGAAGAUGCAGAAGACGUGACUUUGACGACUACAGAGGAAACCUCCCUGCUCCCCGAUGUAACUAAAGAGGAGCCAACAUCUUCACCAUCAAGUAAAACUCUUACUGGUGACUCAGAGUCUGGAAAAAUCAUUGACACCAUAAAUACUGGAUACGAAAAUUUGCGUAGUGUCAGCUGCCUAAAUGAUGAAGAAAUUUGGACCUGUGGAACAGACAAUAUUAUCUCUCUGUUUAAUUUCCAGAGUCCGUUACCAAAAAAAGUCAAAACAAAUUCAGGAGGCGAACCCUGGGACAUUACAGUGACAAAAAAUGGGGAACUGAUUUAUACAGACGAUGAUGCAGGAACUGUUAACGUUGUGAAGGAUAAAGAAAUUAAGGAAUUGAUAAAGAUGAGAAGAUGGAAACCUAACAAUGUAUACUGUACAAUGAAUGGAGACUUAUUAGUCAUCGCUCUUAGUAACGACUGGAAAAGAACGAAAAUUAUCCGGUAUUCUGGAACUACAGAAAAGCAGACGAUUGAGCUAGAUGAUCUGCGAAAACCUCUUUUCAAACCUGGAAAGUUUUACAGAUACAUGACAGAGAACAGAAAUAAAGAUAUCUGUGUAGCUGAUUGUGGAGCUGGCUCAGUGUUUGUGGUCAACUUUGCCGGUAAAUUCCGAUUUAGAUACUCUGGUCAUUCAUCAAGUACCAAGAAAGAAGCAUUUGCACCACGAGGCAUAACAACAGAUAGCCAAAAGCAGAUCCUGACGGCCGAUUGCAAUAAUAAUUGUGUGCACAUCCUGGACCAAGAAGGAAAAUUCCUUCGUUAUCUUGAUAACUUAGAUCUGGAGAGCCCACAUGGUUUGUGCACAGACAGCAAAGACAACCUCUACGUGGCCGAGUGGGACAGUGCACAAGUCAAGAAGAUAAAAUACAAAUAGACAGCAAGAAUGCAGCAAAAGUUGAUGAUCAAUGAACGAGAUGCAGCAGAUUUAUAUCGGGUGUAAAUAUGAUAAGAAGUGCAGUGAACGUUGGAAAACUAUGUUAAAAUAUCAAUGUAUAAUAUCAACACCACAAAUUGAACACAUUUAAUGAUUAUACGAAAUAAAUUAUUUCUUACGUUGAA